AUGGCUAACUUACGUACUCAAAAGAGACUUGCCGCUUCUGUCAUCGGUGUUGGUAAGAGAAAGGUUUGGUUAGACCCAAACGAAACCUCUGAAAUUUCCCAAGCCAACUCCAGAGAAUCUAUUAGAAGAUUGGUCAAGAAUGGUACCAUCGUCAAGAAGGCCGUCACUGUUCACUCCAGAUCCAGAACUAGAGCUUACGCCGAAUCCAAGAGAAACGGUCGUCACACUGGUUACGGUAAGAGAAAGGGUACCAAGGAAGCUAGAUUACCAUCUCAAGUUGUCUGGAUCAGAAGAUUACGUGUCUUGAGAAGAUUAUUGGCUAAGUACCGUGAUGCUGGUAAGAUUGACAAGCACUUAUAUCACGUUUUGUACAAGGAAGCCAAGGGUAACACUUUCAAGCACAAGAGAGCUUUGGUCGAACACAUCAUCCAAGCUAAGGCAGAUGCUCAACGUGAAGCUGCUUUGAAACAAGAAGCUGAUGCUAGAAGAUUGAAGAACAGAGCUGCUCGUGAAAGAAGAGCUCAAAGAAUCGCUGAAAAGAGAGAAGCUUUGUUGAAGGAAGACGCUUAA